AGGGGAAAGGGGAUUAGGGUUCUUGGCUAUCUUGUGGCUAUGGCGUUUGUGAUGAUGACGCUGGGGCUCUCUGGCGCCUCGAAUCCGCCUCCGUCGAUCGCCGAUCCAGGUAACAGAGCAGCCCCCUCAGCUGCCGGAUCGGCCCCGGCGCGCGUGGCGUUCGGUGCAGCGAGCAGCAGUGGCGCGGCGUUUCCAUCGGCGGCCAACGCGAAUGUGAUGUGGUCUGGGAAGCCCGCGAAUGCGGCAAUCAUCGUGAACGAGAACGAGGGGCCGGAUUCGAUCGUGAGGAGGUUCCGAAGGGAGGUGAUGAGUGCGGGGAUAAUCGCGGAAUGUAGGAGGAGGAGGUAUCACGAGACACCGCAGGAGAAGAGGAAGAGGAAGCAGCAGGCCCUUGCAAGGCGGAGGAAGAUGAGUAGAAGAGCCUCAGGAGGUGGAGGGUUCCAAAGCGCCACCAGCGGCGGCGGUGGUGGUGGCGGAUUCAAGCCCCCGGUCGAUCCCUUCGCUCCCAAGCCAGCGAAAUCAAAAGAGGAGGACGAUCGUGAAUUUUGGGGGGAGGAUGAUGACGAGCUCAUCUUCCAAUAGAUGAUCGCGAGCGACGAACUCUCCUUGUACAUUUAGUGUGUAGCUUGGCAUUGGAUGAACUUUUAAUUCCAGCGUGUGAGCUCUGACUUUUUGUGCAAUCAAGUCUAAGAUCGUAUAUAUUA